ACUGCAAACAUAACACACUCUCAAUUUUAUUGAUUCAUUGGUCUUCGCUUCUUUUUUUCAUUAUUCAAUAGUAUCAUGGGUGGAUUCCUUUCACAUUUGAAACCUGAACACAAUACCGAAGUUCUUAAUGCUUCAUGUGGCCCGAUUCGUGGAAAUAUUUACGAACAUGACGACAAAAUUGUGGAUGGAUAUCUAGGAAUUCCAUUUGCCAAGGCUCCAAUCGGAGAACUUCGAUUCAAAAAAUCAGUCGAAGCUGAGAAAUGGACGGAACCACUGGAUUGCUAUAAAUAUGGACCGGGAUGUCCACAGUCUGGAGCUCUUGGAGCCAUGAUAGUUCCACAAGCUUCAGCUAUUCGUGAAUUCGCUGAGGACAAUUGUUUGACGCUCAACGUUUUUGCACCAAAGUGGAAAUCUGCUGAAUUUCCAAAUGGUCUUCCUGUGAUAGUAUACUUUUAUGGGGGAGGUUUUGAGGUUGGAUUCUCAUCGAUGUUUGAUGAUUACUCCCUAACUGGAACUCUCCCACUUAAAGAUGUAAUUCUUGUCACUCCCAAUUACCGAAUUGGACCUCUCGGAUUUUUCGCUACUGGAGAUGACGUGUCACGGGGAAACUGGGGAUUAUGGGAUCAAGCUUUGGCUCUACAGUGGGUACAAAAGCAUAUCAAAUCAUUUGGAGGAGAUCCGAGCAACGUGACGAUUUCUGGGACAAGUGCCGGUGGAGCAAGUGUUGAUUUCCUGUCUCUGAGUCCACAUGCUAAUAAAUACUUCCAUAAGUUCAUUCCUAUGUCUGGUGCGGCGACCUGUCCAUUUGGUAUCCGUUCGAAAGAUGUUGAGGGAUUAAUUUUCCGAGAGUUUGCCAAGCACCAUGGCUACGCCGGAAAUGAUUCCGAAAGCCUAUUGCACUGGUAUCAAUCUCAGGACGCUGAGAUAUUCCUUAAAGCGGAAGGAUUCAAGUACCCAGCUUCUGGCAUGUUUUCCUUUGUCCCGAACUACGACGGAGAUUUCUUCCCAAAACCAUUUGACGAGUUGAGAAAAGAGGCACCGAAACUUGAUGCAAUCGUUUCAGUUGCCGAAUAUGAAGGACUUGGUUUUGAAGAAUUUUAUCCUGGCCAGAAAAGCCCUCAAGAAGUGCUAACAGCAGCUUUGGGUCCUGAAGUUGUGAGGAAUAGGGAAGAAGUUGUCAAGAAAGCUGUGGAGGCGUAUUUAGAAAAUAUUGAAGACAAAAGUGGAGAGAAAAUUGGCAAGAAAUUAGUUGAGAUAUUCGGAGACUACUAUUUCAGUGUUGGAGUAUUUGAUACUGUUCGAUCACUUGCCAAGUAUGGAAAUAAUGUUUAUCUGUCCUCUUUCAACUACUUCAACCCGGAAACCCCUAUCAUGUUCGGCGAAAAUCGGCCGUUCAAUGCAGCUUCCCAUGGUUGUGAUAUCAGAUAUAUUUUGGGUGACGGUAUUGGAGAGUUUUCGAAAGAAGAUAGAAAGGUUAUGGAUAUGAUGGGAACUUAUCUCACAAACUUUGCAAAAUAUGGCAAUCCAAAUGGAAAAGGAGUAUCGAUUCCAUGGGAAAAGUACAGUCUUGACAAUCCAGGAAGAUAUUUCAAGAUUGAUUAUCCGAAAUGUGAGAUGGCCGAUAAUUUCUUGGAUGGAAGGUACAAGAUUAUAGAUGAAGUUAAUGAACACGGAAUACAAUAUCAAGAAAUGGUUUUUGGGAAGAUUCUAUAAUAUUGAUAUGAUGUGAUUUUUUGUACAAUGAGUGGAGAUAAACGAGAAACAAAAUUAUUUGUUUACACUGUGAAUAAAUAAAGCAGCACAAUAUUUUG